AUGGCGACGACGAUUGCAGUGAUCGCCGCAGGCGCUAUGGGUUCUGCAGUGUCAAGGAAACUAGUGCAAAAGGGCUGCACCGUCCUGACGAAUCUUGAAGGACGUUCGGAAUCUACACGUCGAAGGGCACUCGAGGCCGGUAUGAAGGAGGCGACGUAUAAUUCGAUUGCCCGGGAGGCCAGUAUCAUCCUCAGUAUCCUGCCGCCAAGCGAUGCGUUCUCAUUCGCGGAAAGCUUUGUCAAAGAGGCGAACACGGUGUCGUCCAAGGUUCUGUUUGCGGAUUGUAAUGCCGUGAACCCUGAGACGGUCAAACGUAUUUCAGAUAUAUUUUCGGGAACAUCCAUGGCCUUUGUUGAUGCAGGGAUCAUCGGAGGUCCUCCGAGGGAUGAUUAUGAUCCAGUAUUCUUCGCCUCCAGUGAUGAUGCCGAGCAGCUGCGAAAAUUUGCGGGGCUCUCGAAAUACGGACUGAAAGUUUCGGUCUUGGAGGGGGACGGAGCGGGAGUGGGUGCUGCCAGCGCCUUAAAGAUGUCCUAUGCGGGCAUUACGAAAGGAAUGAUAGGCGUGCUGACCACGAUGUUUCUUGGUGCCCAUGCGUCGUCGCCUGCCACAGCGAAAGCUCUCCUCAAGAUUCUGCAGGAAACACAACCUAGGGUCGUGGAACACGCGACGCGAUCGAUACCAGGUAUGAUCCCCAAGGCGUACCGGUGGGUAGGCGAGAUGGAGGAAAUUGCAGGGUUCCUUGGACAAGGGGAAGGAGAUACAUACAUGGGAAUAGCCAAGGUUUACGAAAGGGUGGAAACGUCGUUGAGAGGAAAUAACGCAGAUAUUGAGGUACUGAAAGGCAUGGUGGAGGAAGCGAAGAAGUUGUAA